UGGUCCAAAUGUUUUUAUCAGCAGCUGCAGUUUCAGUUGAAGCGUUUCAGGUGAGGAGUCUCACAGCGACAGUUUGUUUUUGCAGAUCAGCAGUCAGUGGAUCCAUCAGUCAUGUCUUCAAGGCCCAACGGGAGUCCUCCUCCCUAUGAGUCAGACGGAUACAAUGGUCCUCCACAGCCGGCCUAUUCUUACUAUCCAGAUGAUGAGUUCCAACAUUUCUACCGCUGGACGUCUCCGCCAGGCAUCCUCAAAAUCAUGGGAAUCAUCGUCAUUGUGCUGUGUGUGGCCAUAUUUGCUUGUGUGGCCUCCACGCUGGCUUGGGACACUCAGGGAGGCCUGUCUGGCUUUGGGGGCAUCGGGGGCGGCUAUGGUGGGGCCUACGGCGGCGGAGCCUACGGUGGUGGAGCCUAUGGGGGCGGGUUCGGCAGCUUCGGAGGUGGCAGCUAUGGAGCUGGAAACAAUUAUGGCUAUGGCGGCAUCGGAGGGAACUACAAUGACCCACGUUCAGGCAAAGGGUUCAUGAUUGCCAUGGCGGCCAUCGUCUUCAUCUUCGCCCUGGUUGUCUUUAUCAUCAUCGUGUCCCACCAGAGCCUGUCGGAGAACAGGAAGUUCUACCUGGCUGUGGUGAUCAUCUGUGCCAUCCUGGCGCUGCUCAUGCUCAUAGCCUCCAUAGUGUAUCUGAUGGCAGUGAACCCCAUGGCUCAGUCCUCUGGGUCGGUCUACAGCAACCAGAUUGCUGGCCUGUGUGCUCAGUACCAGCAACCACAGACACAAGGACUGUUGGUCAAUCAGUACCUCUACCACUACUGUGUGGUGGAGCCGCAGGAGGCCAUUGCUGUGGUGUUUGGCUUUUUGGUCACUGCCGCUCUCAUCAUCAUGCUUGUCUUCGCACUGAAGACCCGCCAGAAAAUCAGAAACUAUGGUAAAAGCAACAUUUUGUGGAAGAAAGUGAAGGAGAUCGACGACCUGGCACCACCUCAGGACGUGGAGGCGUGGGUAAACAAUGUGUCUGUUCCCCCUGAAGCGGCUCCUCUUUCAGACUACCCUGAGAAGCUGAGGGGAUCCAGGAGCUACCUGGAUGAUGAGAGCAACUAUGACAAACCCCCCUACAACUACACCCCUCCGCCUGCAGUUGAAAAUGAGCCUUUGCGGAAUGAGAUUCCUUACAGCAGUAACUCAGAGGUAGCAAGUUCAGCUGGACGGCCCAAAAGGAGGCGUCCAGGUCGGCCACGCCGCGCCGACGGACAGGACUACGACACGGACUAUAACUCCUCUGGAGACGAGCUGGAUGACAAUGACUUUGACAGUGAAUUUCCUCCAAUUGCCGAUGAGCAGCAGCGCAACGACUACAAGCGUGAAUUUGACCGUGACCACCAGGAGUACAAAGACCUGCAGGCAGAGCUGGACGCCAUCAACAAGGACCUGUCGGACAUCGACAAGGAGCUGGAUCAGCUGGAGGAGGGAAGUCCACAGUACCUGGAUGCUCUAGAUGAGUACAACAGGAUAAAGAACAUUAAAAAGUCUUCAGAUUAUCAGGUGAAGAAGCGUAGGUGUAAGUAUCUGAAGUCCAAACUGAACCAUAUCAAGAAGAUGGUGAGCGAUUACGAUCGCAGAGCUUGAACAAAACGUGAGGAUCAGAUGUCGGUCCAAGACGGGACAGAGGGACUCGCUCAGGUUCGGAACUCUCAGCGUAACUGUAGAGGACGGAGCCACAACAAUUUACAACGAGCACAUCGCAGCCAUGUCAGUCUGUUCAUCUGUACCAUAGCAGCACAGAAAACAAAUAUUCUGGGAUGUAUUUUGCCACUGUUUGUAUUAUGAUUAUCACCUGCCGUGUUACUGUUGUGUUUAUUUAUUUUGCUGAUUGAAUCUGAAUAUAAAAGUUGUAGCAGAGUUCUGCUACUAGACUGUGGAGUGAAUACAAAUUCAUACAUAAUCCUAGUUUUUAUUGGUUUUGCUCUUUUUGUACUGUGUUUUAAUUCACGUUUUUAAUCAAUUCUAUUUUUUUAUGAACAUAUAAAUAUGUGGGAUGUUUUUAGGAGGUUGUAGAAGUAAGUUCAUGUGUGUUUUUCUGUGUUUUUAUUCAUGGAGGGUUGAGCAGACAGACACUUUGAAAUGAUUAUGCAUAUUGAAUGCAUAGUUAUGUACUUUGACAAUGAUUUGUAAAGCAUUUUUAUUAUAAUAAAGUCAUUUAUGACACAUUUUACAGCCACAA